AUGAAGCACAGCCUCAUACUCUUGAGCGGCCUGUUCGCUGGGGCCUUGGGCGCCCCCGCGUCCACCGGCGCCCAUGUGCUGCACCAGAAGCGCGACGAGGAGCACCGGUACCACGACUGGGUCAAGCGCGAUAGCCUGCACCCCGAUACCAAGGUGCCGGUCAGCAUAGCAUUGACCCAACGGAACGUGGAACGGGGCAUGGAUCUCGUCAUGGAGGUCUCCGAUCCCGACAGCCCUUCGUACGGCAAGUACUACACCAGGGACCAGAUCCGCGACCUGUUUGCGCCAACGGACGAGUCCGUGUCCACGGUCAAGCGGUGGCUGGUCGAGUCGGGCAUUCCCGAGUCGGCCAUCCUCGUGCCCCGGUCCAAGACCUGGGUGAGGUUCGACACCACCGUCGCCCAUCUAGAGACGCUCGUCAAGGCGCGGUAUCACGUCUACGAUCACAUUGCGGCUCGCGAUGAGCACAUCGGCACUGAAGAGUACCAUCUCCCCGAGGAUGUUGCCCCGCACGUCGAUUUCGUGGUGCCCGGCGUGGCCUUCACUCGCCUUGGCCGAAGCGGACUCGAGAAGCGAAAGUCUGACGGGAGUGGCGCCGGAGGCAGGCCACUCCGUCCCCUGGAUGCCACGAUACAAUUGAACCCGGGAACUAUUGGUGACUGCAGCCGUGCCGUCACGCCAGACUGCAUCAAGAAGAUGUAUCAGAUCCCCGACGGCAAGCUUGCCCAUCCGUCCAACCGCCUGGGAAUUUUCCAGACCGACGGGAAUUACUACGUGCAAUCGAGCAUGGACAUAUUCACAAAGGCCUUUGCGCCGCACGUUCCGGCGGGGACGAUGCCAAAAGUGUACAACAUUGACAACGCUACCGGAACGUCGGAAGACCCUUGGGUGGCCGGCUCCGAAGCCAUGCUUGACUUUGAAAUGGCCGUUCCGAUUGUCUACCCCCAAGGGACGGUGUUGUUCGCAGCUCCCAGCUCGGGUGCGGGCCAGGCCGGCGUCUUCAACCCGUUCCUCGACGCCAUUGACGGGAGCUACUGCAACUUCACCUCACAUGGGAUUACCGGUGACACUCCCGAGAUAGAUGGCACAUAUCCUACCCACGAGUGCGGCACCGUGCCCCCAACCAACGUCAUCUCCAUCUCCUACGGCCUCACGGAGCCGUCAUACCCCAAUAGAUACCUGAUGAGGCAGUGCGACGAGUGGAUGAAGCUGUCCCUCGCGGGAAUCACAAUCGUCGUCGCGACGGGCGAUGAUGGCGUAGCUCGGAGAAACGGACCCUGCCUUGGCGAGCACCAGGACAUCUUCGUUCCAGACGCCGUGUGCAGCUGUCCGUACAUCACCGGCGUAGGGUCAACCUACUUGCCCCUAGGCAAGAAGGUGGGUGACGACGAGCACGCGACCGACUCGUUCUCGUCGGGCGGCGGCUUCAGCAAUAUCCACAAGACCGCCCCGUACCAGAAGGAUGCCGUGCAAAACUACCUGACGAAGCACAACCCGGGCUAUCCGUCCUACAACACGAGCCGCGGGCAGAUCCCCAAGAAGGGGGGAGUCUACAACGCGCAGGGCCGCGGCUACCCCGACCUGUCCGCCAACGGCGACAUGGUCGUCGUGGUCAUCGGAGAGCGGCAGUGGAUUUCCGGGGGCACGUCCGAGGCCGCGCCCAUCGUGGCCGCCAUGUUCAACCUGAUCAACGAGGAGCGCCUCGCCGCCGGCAAGCCCGUCAUUGGCUUCGUCAACCCGGUCCUGUACAAGCACCCCGAGAUGUUCAACGACAUUACGGUAGGCAAGCAGGACAAGGGCGGGGUUCUGAGGCAUGGGUGCGGUAACGAUGGGUUCUCGUGCGCCGAAGGGUGGGACCCCGUCACGGGCCUGGGAACGCCCAAGUAUCCCAAGAUGCUCGAGGUUUUCAUGUCGAUCUAG